CCCACCCCCGCUCCUCUCUCUCUCUCUCUGUCUCUCUCUCUUUUACCAUUUUAGCCAAAACCCUAGCUGUCGCCCUUAAUUUCUUACCUCUCUCAUGCCAGAAAUGGCGCGUGAAUCAGUCUGGGCUGACAUGCACAGUGUAUGUAUGCCUACAAUGGUGAAAUAUUGACAUUCACACGGUUUUUUGUGCAUUUGCUUUACUUGAAAAUGCACAAGAGGCUAUCAAAUCCAUUCUUCCCUUGGCUGCGCAUACAAAAGGUACAGACGCACCUGGAGAUACACCGCCAGUCUAGGACUCAGAUUCUGCUAUUUUGAAGAGCUCCUUUGAUCCGGAGCGAAUACUUUUGCGAUGCCUCCGAAGAAGGCAACAGCUGCCCAGAAGGGCAAAGCGGGGGUCGAGGUAGGAGAAACCAGCCGGGCCCAGAGAGUUACCAGGGCCAGUGCGCGGUUAGCGCUUGAGAAUGAGCCCCUGUCAGCCGGCUCUGUUACACCGCCCUUAUCAGAGGAGAUUGGAGCAGCAGCAGCUGCUGAUCAGAGGGCGGCUCCACCGCGAGCUCCCGGGGUUCCAGUGCUCGAGCCUCCAACUCCACAGCCAGGGGCGGAGGACAGGGCCAUGCGAGAUGCGGUUCAGUUAUUGACCACACUGAUGACAGAGCAGGUUCGCAGGCAUGGAUUUGGGGGUAGUCGUGCGGACAGAUAUGAAAGCUCCAGGGCUCGCGAGUUUUUGACAUGUAAUCCUCCAGAAUUCUCCAAGACAAAACCCGAAGAGGACCCCCAGGAGUUCAUUAGAAAGAUGGAGAGUACGAUACAGUUGAUUAAGGCUUCGCCGACUGAGUCCGUCGAGUUGUCUUCGUAUCGGUUAUAUGAGGUAGCGGCGAACUGGUAUGAGUCCUGGCAGCUAUCCAGGGGUGACGAUGCUCCCCCAGCAGUAUGGGUCGAGUUUACUAAGGCCUUUCUUGAUCAUUUUCUACCUCCAGAGCUGCGGAGAGCUAGGGUUGAUCGAUUCUUGAACUUGAGACAGAACAGUAGAAGUGUUCGAGAGUAUAGCCUAGAGUUUGACUCACUGCUAGGUAUGCACCCGCUAUAGUAGCUGAGAUGGCCAACAGGGUGCACCGGUACGUGAUGGGGCUGGACCCUUAUUUGAUUGAUAGUUUCCUGGCGGUGGCUUCUCAUCCAGGGAUGCAUAUUGCCCGGGUACAGGCGCACGCCCAGGGCAUGGAGGACCGACGUAGGGAACGUCGGCCUGAUAGGGGUCACGACAGGAGCCGGCCUAAGAGAGCCAGAUCGGCCGGGUAUUCAGGGGGAUUUCAGAGCGAGUUUUCUCAGCGGCAGGGUAACAGGUAUUCGUCCCAGCCAGCACACAGUACGCCCCCACAGUUCUCAGGACAGAGCUCCAGAGUUCCAGGCUCACAGGUGAGCAGAGGUCCCGGUCAAUCGAGGCCACCUAUGCCCCCUUGUUCUUACUGUGGGAGACCCCACCCGGGGGAGUGUUAUCGCGCUACAGGCGCUUGUUAUUUUUGUGGCAGCCUAGAUUAUCGUGUCAGAGAGUGCCCGCAAAAGGGUGGUUCAGGUUCAGUCCAGCCUGCUGGGUCAGUUGCUGGCUCAUCUUCUCCUUCGGCAGCCAUACGCCCCACGGGACGAGGAGCACCAGCACCAGCACCAGCACCAGCACCAGCGCCAGCGAGUCGUGGCAAAGGUCGUGGUGCAGCUUCUGGUUACAGCGGUCCUUCGAACCGCGUAUUUGCAUUGACCGGCCGGCAGGACCCAGGAGCGUCUUCAAGCGCAUACCCAGGUACAGAUGCACCUGGAGAUACACCGCCAGUCUAGGACUCAGAUUCUGCUAUUUUGAAGAGCUCCUUUGAUCCGGAGCGAAUACUUUUGGUAUAUAUCUUCUGACAUCUGUAUAUUCUGUAUAUAUGACAAUUCUGGGUACGGCGGGGCCCUGUCCCGUCAUCUGAUUCUGUAUGUCUGUUAGAGGUCUGUAGAUAUGUAUUUGGGCUA